AUGGCAGAUGCUUGUGCACUGCGUAGAAUUGAGAAAUCUAAAGUGGUACUUUUAUCAAAUUUCACAGGGAAGGAUUUACACUGGUACAACAGGAAUAAAAAUUCCGGGAGUUUGGAUAUGGAGGCUGCGAAAGAAGAGAUACGAAGGAUCAAGGAAGAGGAGGAGCAGGCUAUGAGGGAGGCUCUAGGCUUAGCUCCCAAACGUGCUACACGGCCUCAAGGUAAUCGACUAGAUAAGCAUGAGUUUUCAGAACUUGUAAAGAGAAGCUCAACUGCCGAAGAUUUAGGAGCAGGCCAUGCUGAAGCAGCUCGGGUUGAUGGCCUUGGUUUUUCAAGGGCACCCCGCAGUUGGGAAGAAUCAAGUUCUUUGUCAUCCAGCUUGACGGUGGAGUUGCCUGAGAAGACGACUGUUUCUAUGCCUAAUCCAUCCGCAAGGAACAAUGAACAGGAGUCUGAAGAUGAAAGUAGCCGCAAGAAAAGGAAGCGUGAAGAGAAGAAGCAUGAGAAGCGACACUCUCGUGAUUCAGAUGACAAAAGGAAACACAAAAAAGACAAGGAGAAGAGAAGACACGACUCUGACUGA